AUAGCCUGGUCGUUUUUUGUGCUCUACUUCACUUUCACUUAACUACUCCCGUAUGGCCGUAUCGGUAUAGCCAGCCCAGCACAGAACCAGGCCUUUCCCGUCGGUGCCGUCUUGGAUAGCCAUGGGACCAGGCAACGUGGAGCCGACGUCGUCGUUGAUGACGGAUUUACUCCGCAAGGCUGGCGGAUUCGCCGUCAUCGACGGCGGCCUCGCGACGGAGCUCGAACGCCACGGCGCGGACCUCAACGACCCUCUGUGGAGCGCCAAAUGCCUCCUCACUUCCCCUCACCUCGUUAGAAGGGUACACCUCGAUUACCUUGAAGCUGGUGCUGAUAUAAUCAUUACAGCAUCUUAUCAGGCGACCAUUCAGGGGUUUGAGGCCAAAGGCUUUUCUCAAGGAGAGAGCGAAGCCUUGCUUAAAAAAAGUGUCGAAAUUGCUCUUGAGGCACGGGAUAUUUAUAAUGGACUAUGUAGUGAUUGUGUCUCUGAUGGUGCUGGUGAUGGGAGAAUCCUCAAACAUCGAUCCAUCCUAGUUGCAGCUUCUGUUGGGAGCUAUGGGGCUUAUCUAGCAGAUGGUUCUGAAUACAGUGGGAACUAUGGUGAUGCAAUGAACCUGGAGUACUUAAAGGACUUUCACCGGAGAAGGGUUCAGGUUCUGGCAGAUUCUGGUGCUGACCUAAUUGCGUUCGAAACAGUGCCAAACAAGCUAGAAGCUCAGGCUUAUGCUCAGCUUCUUGAGGAAGAGAAGAUAAAGAUUCCUGCAUGGUUUUCUUUCAACUCUAAGGAUGGUGUUAAUGUAGUCAGUGGUGAUUCUUUGCUCGAAUGUGUUGCCAUAGCUGAAGCAUCAAAGAAAGUUGUCGCUGUGGGGAUCAACUGCACUCCACCUAGGUUUAUUCAUGAUCUGAUUUUGUCUAUGAAAAAGGUGACGUCUAAACCAAUACUCAUAUAUCCAAACAGUGGGGAGAGAUAUGAUGCUGAUCAAAAGGAGUGGGUGCAAAAUACUGGGGUUCGAGAUGAAGAUUUUGUCUCGUACGUUAACACGUGGUGUGAGGUUGGGGCAUCCCUUGUUGGAGGUUGCUGCAGAACUACUCCAAAUACCAUCAGAGCAAUAUAUAGAACCCUCUCCAACAGAUCUGCUGCUCUAUCUCCUCUCAAGUGAUCCUGCUGAUUAACUUAGAACAUGGAAGGUACUGAUGGGGUUUGCUGUAAUUGAUUUCUCUCCUAAUUGCAAGAAUGGAGGAGAGUCCCACCCAAGCUAACAUAGUUUAGGGAUGAGAGAAUCUUUUAUAAGCAGCUUAAGGAGAAAGCCGGUUAAUGUGUUGAUGAGAUACGACCUGCGUUACACACUUUUUUGUGUGUUUUGGUUCUAACGUCAGUGAGGGCAUGUGUUUAAGUUGGUGAUUAUGGUAUACAUUCCAUCUGCAUUCUUUCCUGUAUUUCUUUGGGACUUUUGAUGUACCUGUUUGGCUGGGAUUUUGGCUAACUUUGGAAAUUUGAUUGUAUGCGAACGUACCAGAAAAUGCUUGUAAUUAUCCUUUUUAGAUAUCAACUUAUAAAAAGUCAAACUUAAUCAA